GUGAAAAAAUAUUUUUUACAAAUUUUAUAAUUUCAAUCAGAUUUUUAAUUAUUUUCUAUUUGAAAUAUGGAAGAAAGCAAAGAAACUCAGUUAAAUGAAGACCAGGAGAUCAAAGAAAUGUCUAAUAGAAAUAUUAACCAUAAACAAAAAGGGAAAUUUCGGAGGAAACAUGAAAAUCUGAAAAAAGGAAGACUCAUAGUUAGAAAUCUAUCUUUCAAAGUAACAGAGGAAACAUUAACUCAAGAAUUCCAAAAGUAUGGCGCAAUCAAAGAAAUAAAUCUUUUGAAAAAAGCUGAUGGGAAGCUCGUUGGAUGUGCGUUUGUUCAAUAUGAAAACUACCAAGAUUCAUUAAAGGCAAUAAAAGAGUUGAAUGGAAAAGAUUUCAUGAAACGAAAAGUCACAGUUGAUUUUGCUGUCAGCAAGAAUCGUUACAAACCAGGUAAUGAAUCGAAUGGCACAAAUGAAAACCUUUCCUUUGAAACAACAAAUGAGGAUCUUCAUAAAUGUUUUAAAAAGUAUGGCCCCAUCAAAUACGCUUUAGUUGUAAAAGAUCCAGUAUCAGGUCAUUCUAAAGGAACUGGCUUCGUGAGGUUCCUAAAGAAAGAAUCAGUUAACAUGUGUAUGCAACAAACUGGUUUAAUUUCACUACAAAACUUCACUUUGGACGUCUUCCCUUCAUUACCGAAACAGAAAAUAAUGUCUCUAGAGGUUGAAAAGAAGAAGCAAGAUCCAAAAGAUACUCGUCACAUGUACUUAUUGCGAGAAGGAAUGGUAAUUGCUGGUUCAGCAGCAGCAGAAGGUGUAUCAGCAACUGAUAUGAGUAAACGUCUUCGUCUUGAACAAAUCAAGUCACAAAUGUUGAAAAACCUCAACAGAUUUCUCUCGAGAGAGCGUCUGACGAUUCAUAAUUUACCAGAAAAUUUCGACGAUGCAAAGCUACGAAAAACGGUCGCAACAAGAACGGGCUUGAAACCAAUAGAAUGUCGUGUGAUGCGUGAAAAUAAACCAUCUCCAGCACAUCCUAAAGGUAAAUCAAAAGGAUUUGGAUUUCUUUCUUUCAAAAAACAUGAAGACGCGCUUGCAGUUUUAAGAAAAUUAAAUAACAAUCCCGAUGUGUUUAGCGCUAAUCAUCGACCAAUUGUAAGCUUUAGCAUUGAAGAUAAGAAUGUUUUAAACAUUAAAGAGAAAAGAAAAGAAAGAUCUAUGCUUAAUAAUCCAACAUAUCAGAAAAAGUUGGAAAAAUUAAAGCUUAAGAAGUUGGAGAAAAAGAAAGCUAAAAGUUUGAAAGACAAGAAGAACAAAAAACUUUCACCUGUUGCCACAAAUGAUGAAAAAGAAGAGCAAGGUGAAUCGUACUCAGGCUUUGCAGCUAAGCCUGGAGCUUUUGUAAAGCUUCGAGGGACAUUUAAAUUAAAAGAGCAAUCAAAAAUUCACGAAAAGUCAAUGCAAGAUCACAACAAGAAGGCGAAGCGUGAAAAGUUGAUGACGGAAAUUCGCAAGGACAAGGAAGAAAAAAAGUUGAACCAAACAAAGAAGAGGAAAAUUGAUUCGACAACACAUGACAGUUUAUCGAAGAUGAUUGAUAAGUACAAGAGUUUGAUAACGGGUAAUGAUGAUGAUGAAUCGACAACUAAAAAAAGAAUAAAAACUCGAGGAAAAUGGUUUCUUGACUCAACUUAA